AUGGCGGCAUCACCGGCUUCUAACGAAGCGGCGGCCACAGCGCCAGCAACAACACCGCCGCAGCACGACGGCGGCGCGACGUUUGAGAUUUCGCCGCCCGCGACCACGAGCCCCGGCUCGCCGCCCAUCCGCUCCGUCACCAACCGCGUCGCCACGCCUCUGAGCCUCUUCCUCGACUCGCCGUCGACGCGGGGGACGACGACGUCUAGCGGCGACGGCGUAAAAACUACCGGCGCCAGCGCCAGCAACACCCACGGCACCACCGGCGAUGCACGCAAGCCGAGGGCGGACCCCUUCGCGACCAUGUCGCCCGCAGAGACGCCCGAGCCCGCUGUCUCGCCUGUUGUUGAUGCGGCGGCGGGGGGUCGCGGCGGGAAUGAUGACGAUUCUCGACGCUCGCAGGCCGUCGCCCAGCUCAUUUCGGCUCCGGGUCCCAGCGCACACGCCAGCAGGGCCCGUGGAUACGAGCCCCCGUCAGCCGCUGAGCCUCGGGACCGCCUCCCCCAGAUGACAAACUCUACCGUACACUCGCCCCCUGCCGACGGCGAGCAUCGCCCUCAACCUCACCUCUUUCAAAAUCCCCAUCAUCCUUCACACCAGCAGCAUCCCCCUCUCUCCGACGCCCAGCCCCUCCGCACCGCCAGCGUCAGGGCCGACACCAAGAUCGCCCACCCCAAGCCCAUCUCGAGGCCAGUCUCGGUCGGGCAGCCCGCCGCCGACCCCAAGCUCCGCACCGUCGCCUCGGUCGGCAGCAGCGUCGCCCACCUCGAGGCCACCGCCGAGCGCCUGUCCAUGACAAGCUCCAUCGACGAUGCCAUCCGGGAUCUGCACGGCGAAUUGAAGCGAAGCGAUAGCAGGCGCUCCUCGAACCUGGCCGCCAGCGCCCGAGCCGCGUCCGACGCCGCCCACGACGCCCACUACAACAGCAGCUCCGAGGCCGCCGGCCCCGUCAAACGCCACCUGUCCACGUCCUCGUCCAUCGUCUCGACCAACAUUGCCGCUCGUCAGGGCGGCUACUCGCCCGCUGCCUUUGUCAUGUCACCCAAUCACUCGCUCACGACGGGCCGUCUCCGGUCGGGCUCCCAGAACUCGGCCACCGGCCGCCCCGACCUCGACAUUGGCACCAUCCUCUCGCGGCACGGCCCCGGCAAGUCGUCGGUGAGGAGCGUCCGCUCCGCCAAAAUGUCCCUCGCCGAGAUAUCAGAGUCGGAGCCCGUCGCCCUGACCGGGGAGGCGCUCGACGCCGCCGACAACGCGCCCCCGAUCGAGGAUCAGAUUGACGAAAGCGAGCUGCGGAUACCGCCGGUCGGCGAGGACGUGCCGAGCACCGCCGCCUUUCACGAGAUGCUGGGCGAUAGCGUGCACCACACCGCACCCCACGCCGGGUCCGAGCAGCAGCCCGCCUAUCAACAGCUCAGCCAGGACGACGAGGACGACGAGCAGCGGCCCGCGACGCCGCAGUCGUGCAACACUUUUCAGCAGUGCCAGGACGCCUUUGUCGACUUUGACGGCGUGCACUGGGAGCCCGAAGUCGAGGAGGACCUGUACGUACCGCCCGAGAUGGAGCCAGAGCUGCCGACGCCGCGCCCGGCGCCCGUCCGCCCGCAGUCGUACUUUGACCCCGAGACGGGGCAGCAGAUGCUGUACUACCCGGCCCGCGUCCCUGCAAUGCUCAACCUGCCUCCGAAGCUGUCCCACCGGCCCAAGGCGACGCAGCGGAACCAGAGGCGGUCCCAGGUUCUCUCCGCCAUGAUGGACCUCAACGCCCAGCCGGCCACGGCCCAGCAGCCGCCGGCCUCGCCCGACAAGAGGGGCUCGACCUUUGAGCUCAACAACCUCACCAGGAAGCCCGCCGCCCCCGAGCGGGCCUCUUUCCUUCCCGAUCCUAUCGAGGGCCAGCGCAACUCGUUUGACCUGUCGCAGUUUAACUUUGCCGACCCGGAGACCAAGUCGGAGAACGGGGCGGAGGAGGAGGCGCCCGAACCUGAGGCGGCCGCAGACGAAGCACGGCCCGUAUCCCACGAUGCGGCCGAGAAGCGCAAGUCUCGCAUGUCGGCGUUGCUGAAGCUGCCCCCGCAGCUCCGCGCGAGCGCCUUCUUCGACCUGCCCCCGACCAACGCCGUGGAUGUCGAGAUCAAGGAUGGGUCUGCCAUGGCCACUCUGGACAGCAUUCUUGACGCCUCGGCGAGCGCGCCCGUCAACGCCUUUACCGACCACCUCCACGGGGGCACGCUGGGGCCGGAAGUGUACGGGAAGACUAAGAAGCACAAGGCCCGCCAGUCGACCGCGACCCUCACCGGCCUGUCCCCAGGCCCGGAGCCCAAGAAGCGGUCGUCGUUCAUGUGGCUCGGGAAGCGCGCGACCAGCAGCCACAAGGACGACGAGAAGAAGCGGCCCCAUACAGUGGCCGGCCCGGCUGACCUCGACCGGACAGAAGACGCCGGAGCAGCCGCCGACGGCAAGUCCACCGCGGGCGACAGCGCGGACCAUGUAAUUCGCGUCGGCGUGGAACCUGAGGACGGCGAAGAGCAGGACGGCUCGGAGGAGGACGAGGAUGCCGACGCGUACCACGGGCCGCCUACGACGCUCCUCGCCGAGCUCCAGCUGCGUAAGCAGGAGCAGCAGCAGCGCAAGAAGAACCUCGGCUCGGGCUUUACCAACGGUAUGCACGCAACGCUCCUCGAGAUGGACACGGUCGCGGAGCAGCAGCGCAAGGAGCGCAACAAGAAGCGCGUCAACCUCGCCUGGGAGGACCCGCUCGCCCACGAACGCGAAAACGGUUCCGACGACGAGGACGUGCCCCUCGCCGUCUUGGCCGCCAUGCAGCAGGGAGCCAAGAACAUGGCCGACCUCGAGCGGCCCAUGGGCCUGAUGGAGCGCCGCGAGCUCGAAGACAACGAGCCCCUCAGCCACCGACGCGCGCGCCUCCAGGGCCUUGAGCCGCCCACCGUGCUCCUGCCGAACCGCAUGAGCGUCAUGUCGUUUCCGGCCUUUAACAGGGGUGCCCAGAACCGGUCACCGUCGGCCCGCGGCCACAGCCCGGCGCCCGAGGAGGAAGAGGUCGAGGACGAGACGCUCGAGGAGCGCAGGCUCCGCCUGACCGGCAAGGACAGCAGCAGCGAACUCCCGCGGGCGCGCCCCGUCAGCAGCACCUUCUCCGCCGAGCUCCUCAGCCAGUUUGGCGACCUCGACGACGCCAAGGACAAGACCGCCGAGGGCAAGGAGGCCAAGGCGGCGCCGGCUGCGACGAACGGCGAGGACGAGACCCUCGGGCAGCGGCGCCGGCGGCUGCAGGCGGAGAGGGAGGCCCGCGAGCGCGAGAUGAGCUACGGCAACCUCGUCGGCGGCGACGCGGCGCAAAAGGCUACCAACCGCCUCAGCCUCGCCAACAUCCUGUCCGCGCACCCGAAAAAGGAGCCCGAGCCGUUUGCUCAGGAGCAGGCGCAGCGAGCCGAGGACGCGCGCGGCGCCAUGGAGCGCGACAUCAAGCUGGCGGCCAUGCGCAAGCAGAUGCCGCAGACGCUCGAGGUGCCCAACGUCGACCGGUCGGGAGGAUUCAGGGGCGGCGCGUACAACGACGGGACCGGCGGCUCCAGCCUCCUGGCGGCCAAGAACGCGUACGAGCAGCAGCAGCAGGAGCAGAAGCUGCGCGCCGAGGACGAACGACGCGCCGCCCGGCUGCGCGACGCCAAGAUGGCCGCCAUGCGGGAGCAGAUGCCUCAGACCCUCAACGUGCCCAACGUCGACCGCUCCGGCGGCUUCCGUGGCGGCGCCUACAACGACGGCACAGGCGGCGUCACCCUGCGCGGGGCGCGCUCGAGCCAGUCGCUCAACGUGCCGGGGCUUGCCCAGCCUGCGUUCGGCUACCAGAACCGGUCCAGCGUCGUGCUCAACAGCGGCAGCAUGCUCGGCGGGCCGGUGCAGCAGCCGGGAUACGACGCCAUGGGCAUGGGCAUGGGCAUGGGCAUGGGUGGCAUGGGGCCGUACAACGGCAUGAACGCCAUGGGCUCGGUUAAUAAUUUGGGUGCCAUGGGCUCCGUCAACAACCUGGGGGCCAUGGGCUACAACAACAUGAACGCCAUGGGCUCCUACAACAACCUCAACGCCAUGCCCUACGGCAACCCCGCCGCCAUGGGCUCCUACGGCAACAUGAAUGCCAUGGGCGGCCUGUACAACGGCAACGCCGGCAUGAGCGUAUACGGCGGCAACAUGAUGGGCGGGAUGCAGAUGCCGAUGCAGAUGCCCAUGCCCACGAGCUCGGGCUCCGUCGACCGCGUCGAGCAGUGGCGCCGCAGCGUCCACCCGUGA